GUCCCCGCUGGAGCGACCCUGCUGAUGCCCAUCGUGUAUUAUUGAGGCUGCAUUCGGUAGUUGUGCUUUGUAGGGUCCAAGAAAGAGGAAUGAGAGCGCGGCGAACACAAGUAGGACGAGGAUGGCGAAGCGAUUCGAGCGUAUCAUGGUAUGUAUGUUAUGGCAGCGGAGACGAUUGUGGUGUGUAGGAGGGGGUCGCCCCUGAGGUGAAAGAAUACUGUGUAUGUAUACUGUUGUUCGAUUACGAGGUUACGAAGCCUGGUGCGUGUCGACAUCUCUCACACCACAAACGCCAAGAUAUCUCCGACAACAGCCCAUGUCCGAACCACUUGUGGCGGGACGUCGCCCCUGCAGAAUGCACGCAGUGACUUGUGCCGGAGACUUUGUGGCCGCCAGCAUGUAUAAGAGCAACUAUGGCUGGCAUGUAUCCGUGAAUAGCAGCAGCUGUGUCGCUUUUGGUAGACUACUGCGGCUGACUCAGGACCUUGCCGGAUAUGGCGUCACCGAUAUCGCAGCUGUGGAGAGCUCACAGAACGUCAAAAGAGCAUCCAAUAUUCGAAAAGGCCGAGAGCUGUCUGGCUAUGCCCACGACCUCCCCACACCACAACAACAACCACACAUAUUACAGCAAACAUGUCUGACUUUCCUCCUAAGCCCGUUGAUACCAUUGACUGGAGCAACGUGGGCUUCAAGAUUCGUGAAGAUGCAAAUGUACCCAUUGUGUCACAAGAGAAAGCGCCCGGAAACUGGCACUUGAACAACCACUCCUUCACGACUCUAGCAGGACACAGCUGCAAUUAGUAUCUAAUGUGUGCCAGUUGCCGGACAUGUCGAGUCACACUACUCGCUUGAGACUGGAAAAUGGACAGAGCCAACUUUUGUGGAGGACCCGUUCCUGCGAAUCCACGGCAUGGCACCCGCUCUGAACUACGGCA